AUGGCUGUUUCAUCUUCAUCUUCUUCGUUGACUGAAAAUUUUUCAAGCCCUUUUUUCUUGAACAAUGUGGAUAAUCCAGGAGCAAUGUUGGUUUCUCAACCUCUCACUGGUAGCAAUUACAACACAUGGAGUCGAUCCAUAAUCGUCUCUCUCACAACGAAGAACAAGAUGGCUUUCAUCGAAGGUUCUCUCCCAAAACCGUCUCCUGAAGACGAAGCCAUGUUUCAUGCAUGGACUCGAUGCAAUAACAUGAUUAUUACUUGGUUUCUGGAUUCAGUUUCGAAAGAAAUUGCUUCAAGUGACAACUUGUCUGUUAGUGAUUAUUUCACCAAGAUCAGGACUUUUGGGGAUGAAUUAGACAAUUAUGAUCUGGUUCCUUCUUACACCUAUGGAGGAAUGCGAUCAGUUCAUGAAAAACACAAUCGAGACCAUGUGUUUCAAUUCUUGAUGGGUCUUGAUGACUCAUUUGCUAAAGUGUGA